AUCUUCCAAUUCCAUUUUGUAGUGAUUUGUUGGUUUCUCCUAUAAAACAACCACCCAAGUGUCAUCAUUCCUUUCUUCUCUUCUCCUGUAAUGGUUUAGGUUUGCUUUUUAGUUUUCACCCUUUCUCUCUCGGUGAGCGACACACACUCUUUUGCUUGGUAGGUUGUGCCGUUGAGGUAAAUGGGCCCUAAACUCCACUCAAGAUUUAAUGUUUGAAAAGGAGGCUCUCUAUCUCCUCCUCCUCUUGCUGCCUGUGCUCCCUUUGCCCCCAUUUUCAUGCUUUUGGGGUUCUUUUAUCAGAAGAUAAGAUUUGGGUUUCCUUUUUCUGCUCUUCAUGAAGCUCAUCAAAGAUGAUUCCAUGAGGUUUUCCUUUCUGGGUUCUUGAUUUUUGAGAUGGGUUUUGAGGAUAAUUUAAUGAUGGUUUGGCUUCGUGGGAUUUGGCAUCACGAAUUAGCCAGUUUUUAAGAUGGUUGACUCCUAGUUAUCUUGAGCUGGAUUAUUUACUUUGAAGGUGGAAUUUGGAAGCUUGAGAAGUUCUCUCCCCUGAAAUUCAAUUGCUUUGACACAUUUGUGAAAAAAGUUGUUUAUUGAAGGUGGCUUCUAGAUGUGGGCAGGUGAUGCUGAUCAGGCGUGUGCAUUUGGGAUUUGCUUGUUUCUAAUGCAGGGGAUACACAAUUGAGAAACAAGUUCUUCGAUUUUGGAUUUGGGGUUUCUAUCAAUCAGGUGUUGGCUAAUCCUUGAAGUGGAAACUAUGGACAGAGCAAUUCAACCGCCUCUGGUUGAUACCACAGCUUGUCUAUGUAGAGUAGAUGCAGGCCUAAAAACAGUUGCCACUGCAAAAAAAUAUGUCCCUGGAUCUAAGCUCUGCCUUCAACCAGACAUUAAACCAUCCAUUCAUCCUACUAGAAGUAAGCCAUCACGUGGUGACAGGAGCCGGAACCAAUAUCCUCUGCUUCCGGGACUUCCUGAUGAUCUUGCUAUUGCUUGCCUGAUCCGGGUCCCGAGGGUAGAGCACCGUAAGCUACGGCUAGUGUGCAAAAGAUGGUAUCGUCUUUUGGCUGGAAACUUCUUCUACUCACUUCGGAAAAGCCUUGGAAUUGCUGAAGAAUGGAUAUAUGUCAUCAAGAGAGACCGAGAUGGAAAAAUCUCAUGGCAUGCAUUUGACCCAAUAUACCAACUCUGGCAGCCCCUUCCUCCUGUCCCAAAGGAAUAUUCUGAAGUCCUUGGAUUUGGUUGUGCUGUCCUCAGUGGCUGUCACCUCUAUUUGUUUGGUGGUAAAGACCCUCUUAAGGGAUCAAUGAGAAGAGUCAUAUUUUAUAGUGCUAGGACAAAUAAGUGGCAUCGUGCCCCAGACAUGCUUCGUCGACGGCAUUUUUUUGGUUCAUGUGUGAUGAACAACUGUUUGUAUGUAGCUGGUGGGGAAAAUGAUGGGGGGCAUCGAUCCUUAAGAUCAGCAGAAGUUUAUGAUCCUAACAAGAAUAGAUGGUCCUUCAUUUCAGACAUGAGCACAGCAAUGGUGCCUUUUAUUGGAGUUGUUUAUGAGGGAAAGUGGUUCCUGAAGGGGCUGGGAUCUCGCCGGCAGGUUCUAAGCGAAGUCUACCAACCAGAAACUGAUAGCUGGUACCCUAUUUAUGAUGGCAUGGUUGCAGGCUGGAGAAACCCAAGUGCUUCCUUAAACGGACACCUCUAUGCUUUGGACUGUAAGGAUGGCUGCCAGCUUAGAGUUUAUGAUGAUGCGACUGACUCUUGGAGCAAGCAUAUUGACAGCAAGAUGCAUUUGGGGAAUUCUCGUGCGUUGGAGGCAGCUGCACUUGUUCCACUUCAUGGAAAACUCUGCAUCAUCAGGAAUAAUAUGAGCAUAUCUUUGGUUGAUGUGUCAAAAUCCGACGAUCUAAGGGGUGCUACUGCUGAGCAUUUAUGGGAAACCCUAUCUGGGAAAGGGCAGUUCAAGACUCUGGUCACAAAUCUCUGGUCAAGCCUAGCGGGCAGGUACCGACAGAAAAGUCAUAUAGUUCACUGCCAGGUUCUUCAAGCAUAAAGAACCAAUCGCGAGUCAAAACCAGUGGUGGUUUCUUUCACUUCUAAUAUCUCUUGAUAUGAUGUCAUAUUCAUGGAAGGACGAUAACGGAGGCUCAAAUUUAGCUGGCGAAAGCAGCAGUCGCAGAUCCAUUUUAGCGAGUUCUUGUUGGAGGAUCCCUAUACCAGGAGGGGAUGCUACAUGGGUAAGGAUGUUUGUUUUGCUAGAAUUUAGUUUUAGAAAUAUAUGUAAAAUGCACAGCAGUUACAAGUUAAGAAUAGAAGAGCAAAUUACCAACUGACUUGGUCUUGUUGUCAUAAUAUGGCGGUAGCAUUGCCAGUCAAGUUCAUCACGUAACUGAUACAUAAGCAGGUCAGUUGGUAAUUGAUCUUUCUCCAUCUAAUCCAACUGGGGUUUUUGCUAUUUUUAGCGCUACAAUGUUAGUACAUUUUCGAUCCAUAGCCAAUUUCGAUUGAGCAAUUCAAGUUUUAGGCAUUUCUAGGA